AUGGCGUUCCUGAUCAAGAGCAUGAUCGGCAACCCGUUGUCGGGGAUCGGGCUGGGCGGCGGAGGGGACAAGGAGGAGGAGGCCGCGCCCACCGACCCGGCCAAGGCGGCGGGCAUGACCCGCGAGGAGUAUGAGGAGUACCAGAAACAGGUGGUGGAGGAGAAGAUGGAGAGAGAUGCAGACUUCCUGCAUAAGAAGGCAGAGAGAGCCACACUGAGGGUUUGUCUACGAGAUAAAUACAGACUUCCAAAGAGCGAGCAGGACGACAACAUGAUCGAGAUGGCGGGCGAUGACGUGGACGUGCCCGAGGAGCUGCUCAAGAUGGUGGACGAGGACGCCACGGAAGAGGAGGUGAAGGACUCCUUCCUGGGCCAGAUGCAGAACCUCCAGAACAUGGACAUGGACCAGCUGAAGGAGAAGGCCUCCACCACCGUCACCGAGCUCAAGACCAAGGCGGAGGAGAAGUGCUCUGUGAUGUGA